CAAACAAAAAAAAAAAAAAACCAUAAAGCUCAACAAUUUGGGAAUGAAUAAAGGCAAUUCUCUCGCCAAACAAGAGCAACAAACAAACACAGGUCUUUCAUUGGGAUUUAUUUCCUAGGAAAGUCAUCCUCUACAUUUAUUGAUGAUGAGAGAUGAAGAAACCUCGAAAAGUUGACUCCAUAAAUAUCAAAUGUCAAAGCAAUGUCGUUAACAACAAGAAGAAAGGCUUUUUCGAAGUCUCACUGCCUCUGAUUUUUUCAUUUUGGUGUCUUUUGUUCUUGUUCUACUCUAAACUCGGCCUUACCCAUGGCAAUGGAGGGAAUUUGCUUGCUGAUAAUAGAAGCAUGACUAACUCCAGUGUUCAUGAUGAUCACGAUGAGUUGUACGAAUCUGCAUUUUCACAUGUCGAAGAUGGAAACAACAGUUACAAUAUAAAUGGGGUUUUGUUAGAGUUUGAUGUAUCUGUAACUAGUAAGGAUUCUGAUGUAUAUGAUUAUCACUAUGUAAAUCACGAGUACUCGCUUCAAGGAACAAGUGAAUUGGAGGAAGCAGUUUGGAGUGUUUUAGGUUACCCUGCUGUGAUUGUGUGUGGAAUACAAUCACCUCAAGAACAACAGCAACAAAAGCAAACGAAAGUAGAACAUCUAAAUAUUGGGAAAACUCAUUCGACUUAUCUUAAUCUAGACGAGUUUCGAAACAUUACAAGGCAAGAGAAAGGUGGGAGUGCAACAAGUCAACUUCUUGUUAAUAUCACGCACCGGCUUGAGCCUGAUGGAACAGAAUACAACUAUGCCUCGGCAGCCAAGGGUGCAAAGGUGGUGGCUCAUAAUAAGGAAGCAAAAGGCGCUAGCAACAUAUUGGGGAAAGAUCAUGACAAAUAUUUGAGGAACCCUUGUUCUGUUGGGGCAAAAUUUGUUGUCAUUGAGUUGGCAGAGGAAACCCUAAUCAACACGGUGAAAAUUGCAAAUUUUGAACAUUAUUCUUCUAACUUCAAGGAAUUCGAGUUGUCUGGGAGUUUUGUUUAUCCAACCGAGACAUGGUCAUUAUUAGGGAAAUUUGUUGCUGCAAAUGUCAAGCAUGCUCAAAGCUUUAAGCUUCCUGAACCCAAAUGGGCUAGGUACUUAAAGUUGAGUUUGUUUAGUCACUAUGGUUCGGAAUUUUAUUGCACGCUAAGUGUUGUGGAGGUAUAUGGCGUAGAUGCAAUCGAGAGGAUGUUAGAAGAUCUCAUAGUGGCUUCUGAGGAAUCUGCAGCUAAUAAGAUUUCCAGUCCUAAUUCCACUACAACGCCAUCUUUAGUACCAGAACCGAGUCCUAGUGACCAAAAAAUAGAAGGUGAAGUUCAAAAUGUGACUGAGGCUACAAAUAAGGGGACAAUAGGGAUCAAUGAAGGGCAAAGGCCUAACGUAGAUGUAGUGAAGAAUCAAGGGACGAUUAGCAACAUACCCGAUCCUGUAAUGGAAGCUAGACAACAACCUAAUGGAAGAAAACAUGGGAACGCGAUUCUAAAGAUCUUGUUGCAAAAGGUGAGGUCACUUGAGAUAAACUUAUCGGUGCUAGAGGAGUACAUCAAAGAACAAAACCGAAGACAGGGGGAUCUACUACCCGAGCUUGACAAAGAGUUAUCAAGAUAUUCAAUGCUUUUAGAGGAAAGUAAAACAGAUAUCAAGAAUCUCUUAGAAUGGAAGGAGAUCAUGGAGAAAGGAGUUACUGAUCUUGGGUCGUGGAAAGAUGUCGUCUCAUCUCAGAUUGAUGCAUUGAUUAGAGAAAAUGGCAUGCUAAGAUUAGAUGUUGAGAAGGUUAUGACUGAUCAAGCAAGUCUGGAAAAGAAAGAGAUAGUUGUGGUAGCAGUGAGCUUUUGCUUUGCAGUUCUUGCAAUAUUCAAGUUAGUUUCAGAGAAAGUGUUGAUAAUUUUUGGAGCCUCACAAUCUAGUAAGGUAGGUCAAGGAAGUAGAGGUUGGAUUUUGAUGCUUAUUAGUAGUAGUAUGACUAUAUUCAUUACAUUACUAUGUAGCUAGUUCUCAUAAAUGUAGCUCUUGAGAAUCAUCAGAUGCUUUAUUAGCUUUCCUCCCCUCUUAAUUUGGCUUUUGUAUUAAAAAAAUUUGGAGAACAUACAGACUUUAGGUUUAUGGUUAGGUUUCUUUAGUUUUUUAUUUAAAUUUUUUUUGUUGUACUCAAUUGUACCAUUCUGAAACUGGCAAACAUAUGGCAGUGUUUGGGAA